AUGGAUGUUAAGAGAAAUCAAAGGUUCACAGCUUUAGAAGAAAAAAAUAGCCAAGUUGACCAAAAAUAUUAUGAUAUGAUGAAAAAUUGUCGGGCUCUAAGCGGAGAAGACUAUGAAGUAUACGUAAUGAGACUAAUUAAUAUCGGAUGCAGACCAUUAGGCGAUAUAGAGUGGAGAGUAGAAUCAGAUGAUACAGGAAAAAAUAAUGUUGCCGCUACACUUUAA